CCAACAUCAAAAGACCCUCGGGUUAGGCGUGAACGGUAUUAAAAAUGACUGAGCGAUUUGAUUGCCAUUACUGCAAGGAAACUCUGUUUGGAAAAAAAUACCUUCUGAAAGAAGAAAAUCCAUAUUGUGUGAAAUGUUACGAGAAUCUGUACUCCAACACAUGUGAAGAAUGCAAGAAGCCCAUUGGCUGUGAUGGCAAGGAUCUUUCAUACAAGGAUCGACACUGGCAUGAAGCCUGCUUUCACUGCUUCCAGUGCAAGCGCUCACUGGUGGACAAGCCAUUUGCUGCCAAGGAUGAACAUCUCAUUUGUACUGAAUGUUACUCUAAUGAAUAUUCUUCCAAAUGCAAUGAAUGCAAGAAAACUAUCAUGCCAGGAACACGCAAGAUGGAAUAUAAGGGAAACAGCUGGCACGAGACUUGCUUUAUCUGUGCGCGAUGCCAGCAGCCUAUAGGUACAAAGAGCUUCAUCCCCAAAGAGAACCAGAACUUUUGUGUGCCAUGUUAUGAAAAGCAGUUUGCAAUGCAUUGCAUUCAGUGUAAAAAGGCCAUCACUACAGGAGGUGUCACCUAUCGGGAUCAGCCCUGGCAUAAGGAGUGCUUUAUCUGUACUGGCUGCAAGAAACCAUUGUCUGGGCAAAGAUUUACUUCCCGGGAUGAAUUUGCCUAUUGCCUGAACUGCUUCUGCAAUUUAUAUGCCAAGAAAUGUGCUGGAUGCACCAGUCCCAUAAGUGGGCUUGGAGGAACGAAAUAUAUAUCUUUUGAGGAACGUCAAUGGCACAGUGAUUGCUUUAACUGUAAGAAGUGUGCAAUUUCUUUGGUGGGUCGUGGCUUUCUUACAGAAAGAGAUGACGUCUUGUGUCCUGAAUGUGGAAAGGAUAUAUAAAAGAAAUGUGGAAAUGACAGAGAAAAAUCAUAAAACGAAUAAAUCAACAAUAAGGGCUCAUGCACACGAAUGUAUUUUCUUUCCGUGUCUGUUCUGGGUUUUUUUCAGACCGUAUGCAGAACCAUUCACUUCAAUAGGUCCGCAAAAAAAAACUGAAGGUACUCCGUGUGCAU